AUGGAUCUGAUGGAUGGAUUCUAUGAGAUCCUCAUGCGUGAACGGGACAUCCCGUACACAGCAGUGAGCACCCCCAGUUGUAGGCUCUGGGAGUCGCUAGUGAUGCCACAGGGUCUAAGUAUCGCCCCCGCAACGUUCAUCAGAUGUGUUACAAAUCUGUUGUUAUCGGUGCGCGAUUUCGCACCGAGUUACUUCGACGAUGCCUUCGUCCAUAGCCGGGAUAUGGAUGGAAAGACGGAUGUGGAGGCUAAUACAAUCCACGUCCGGAAGGUUCUUAUUCUAGUGCGAGAGCAUAAGUUGUUAGCGAACCUCAAGAAGUGUAUAUUUGCAGCGAACGAAAUACCACUACUUGGCUACAUCGUGGGUACAAACGGCGUACGCCCUGAUGUGGAAAAGAUCAAGGCGAUUAGCGAAUGGCCUGUGCCAGGCGACGCCAAGAGACUUCGAAAUUUCCUUGGCUUGGCGGCGUACUUGCACAACUACGCCAAGAUGACCGUUUAUCUCUCUCGUCCACUAAAGAAAAACGAGCGGUGA